AUGACCUAAAGGGAAAUAUGAAAUUCCUAAUUCUCUUUUCCGUCGUUAUAGCAGCUUCUGCUGCGAGCGUCAUUAUAGACCCAACUGCGGGUUACAAGGAAGGAGACCGAUUUUUCUAUUUCCCUGGUGAUGGAGACGACACCCUUCACCUGGUGGACACUGAAGAGUUUGUAGACCACGAGUUCAUCAGGAGUUACACUAGGAACCCUGACAACAAUGGAUACUGGCUGUUUACUAGAGCGAACCCUACGACGCCUCAAGUCAUUCAAUUGCAUAACGUCAACACGCUCCACAACUCCAACUUUGACAGUUCUAAGCCCAUCAAGGUUAUAGCUCAUGGUUGGAAUGGUGAUGGAUCAAAUUCCAUGAACAGACAACUGACUGAAGCCUUCCUCCAAGACGGUGACUACAAUGUUUUCGUGCUUGACUGGAAUCAACUGGCAAACCGAAACUAUUUGACAGCAAAGAAUGGAGUUCCAGCAGUAGGCAGAGGACUGGGACAGUUCCUCAACUGGCUCGUGUCUUUGGGCGCUUCUUUCGAUACCAUGCACCUCGUAGGUUUCAGUCUUGGCGGUCACCUCGUUGGUAACGCUGGACGGGAAACUGGUGCUCAAGUUAAUAGAAUUACUGCUCUGGACCCCGCUGGACCACUAUGGGGAGGUGACCGCGAGCGUCUCGUCGAAACCGAUGCGAGAUACGUCGAAGUAAUGCACACAAACACGUUGUUCCUCGGAUUCACUGACCCUUGUGGUCACGCUGACUUCUACCCUAACGGAGGCCGCAGCAUGCCUGGAUGCUGGACUAACAGCUGUUCGCAUGGUAGAGCUGUGGAUUACAUGGUCGCUUCAAUAAGAUACAACCACUUCCUUGCUAACGAGUGCGGAAGUCGCUCUAAUGCUACCAGUAAUCGUUGCACUGGAGCAGUAUAUCAUAUGGGAAACAGCGACCUGAAUAAAUCUGGAUCUGGAAUAUACCGAGUCAACACGGCUAGAAACUACCCAUUCUAAAAUGUAUGACAUCAGAUAAGAU